AUGACCUCCUCGCCGUCUUCUUCGCUGCCUCCAGAGCUGCCUGGGCUGUUUUGGGAUCCUGAGCGACGCCGCUACUUUCCGCUCGCCUCGCGUCUCCCUCCGGCCACGUCAGCGGCGAAUCCUGAGGCCUCCAAUCCGUUCCGUGCGCUUCGGCGGAAGUACGAGAAGGAAGCGGGAAAGGCGCCUCGAGAGGAUCCCCAGUUGCCGUCGAACUCACGCCGAUCCGCCGCCGCUGGAGCUCGCCGUGGAAGCCCUCCCGAUUUCAGGCUGUCCCCGGGAAAGAGAGUCAGCGCGUCGUCUCCGGCUUCCUCGGAGUCGUCUUGUGCCUUUGCCUGUUCGAGGCUGUGUUCGCCCUCUGGUAGGAUCGACGCGAAGAAGAGAGGGAGAUGGCGGAGAGCGAGCGACGCAGGUGACGCGAAACACGGGAAGGUGCGGAGGGCCAAAGGCGCCGCAAGCGCGUUUCCCGUGACGACAGCCGGGGGAGACUUUGAGGACGAGGAGACAGGGGGAGUGUGGGGACGGCGAGAGGGGACAGCCGGAGCGAGAGCCCGCGACAGCAGAGGGCGAGCGCAACGAGGCUUUCAGAGAGAAAGAGAGGAAGACAGGGAGAAACGGACCUUAGGACACGAAGCCCAGCGAGGCGGGAGGGUGGGAAAGCAGAGCGCGACAGGGGAAGACAGAGAGAGACUUAGAGUCUGCAGUCACCCUUCACUUCAUCAGAAACCUCGACAAUCCAUUCGACCGCCGCAGUCGAAACGGGCUUCUCCUAGACCGUCACCAGAACCCACAAGUAUUUCCAUCUCGACAUCCUCAGAUACCUGUUCGUCUUCUUCUCCCUCUCGGUCUUCUUCUCGUGAGCAGUCCCCCGCGUCGCGACUUGUCCCUCGUCGCACGUGUUUUGGGGGACAAGAGUCCCGCGGUUCUCUUGGCGGGCAGGGGGCCUCAGUUUUGAAUUCAUCUCGUUUUUUCGGUCUGUCUGAGAGUCCUUAUUUGAGUCGCCCUCUUCGUCUUUCUUCUCGUUUCCGAGCUCAGUGCUCGUCGCCGCGUUCUUCCCAAAAGGAUUUCCUCUCGUCUUCGUCUGCACCAGCAAGUGAUGCGCCGGCGGGUCCCCGCAAAUCGUCGCCAGCUGCGCGUCCUUCUCGCGCGGCUCGCCUCUCCACUACCUCCGAAUCAGCGUCCGCGGAGGGCGCCUGCCGGCUGCUUCCGUCUUCAUCCUUUUCUCUCUCUGCGCCUCCUUCGGCUCCCUUCGUUUUUUCUCCGAAUUUUCUCUCAGACAGAACCGUGAACGCUGACGGCGGUCGCGCGCCCGCCCCCUUCUCAGGGAUGAGGGAGACAAGAAACUGCUUCCUUCUUUUCCGCUUCCUCAGACGAGAAGGAGUUCUCCCUUGUAGACACCCGACUGGGAAGCGGGCCCCUGCCGCGCGCGAAAGGAAGCGAGAGCAGAGCGAAGGGAAGGCACGCAGCGAGAAAAGCGGUUUGAACCGAGAGGAAAGACGGAAUGGAGGCGGCGACGGCGAAGGGACGCGAGGGAGGGAACGGGCAUUCUGGAAAGACGACUUUUUUCCGAGAGACCGAACUGAAGGCCUCAAUGACCCGAGAGAGACAAGCUCCAGAACCCGCGAGCGACUCUGGCUAGGUCGUCUGAAGCACGUUUUACUCGUGAGUCCUCAAAGACACUCUCGCUCUCAGACCUUUCUUGUCUCACCUCCGUCUUCUUUUCUCAGGCUUUCCGAGUCCUCUCGGUCCGAUGUCUUGGUUUGUUUUCGAAGCGGCGCUUCUCUGAGGGACGGUCUCCGCUUUCUCUCGACCUUCGACCUGACCGCGUGGAGAGAAGCGGCGCGGUCUUUCCGGCGCAUGCAGCUUCUUCGGCUUCUCGCUUCCUCGCCUGAGAGUGCGGUGUCUGCGUCGCUCCGCAGAAAACGAACGGCGGAGGAAGCAUCCGCGAGAGCGCCAGAGGGCGAAGAAGACCGACGAGACUCAGGACGUGCGGGCUUGUCUCUGCGACUGUCCGGCGACAGGAGGAACGCCGAGGAAACCGGGAAAGCCGCGCGUGAGCAUUUCCAGCGUCUGCUCAGCUCCCAGGAAACAGCCUGGAGACAAAUCGUCUCACGCUGUCCUCCAGACGUAGAGAGAGAGGGGGAUCUGGGAGCGAUCUCUUCUGUCGAGCUCUUCGCGUCGCUCUGUGUUGUUUCGCACUUUGGAACUGCGACACGCAAGGGAAAGGUUACCCUCUUCCAACUCCCUGGUCAGGGACUCGACCGACCGUCCACCACACAACCAGACCGUUCUUCCUUUUCGUUUUUCUCUUCUUCCCCUUCUUCCCCUUCUUCUUCUUCUUCUUCCUCUGCUUCCUCAUCUUCUGCCUCCUCCCCUUCCCCUUCCUCCCGUUCCACCUCUUCUUCUCCUUCCGCUUUCUCUUCCUUUUCUUCUUCCGGUUCCUCUUCCGCCGUUUUCUCUUCCUUCUCUUCUCCUUGGACUUUCUCUUCUCCGUCUGUUGCUUCUGCUCCUUCUGUUCCGAUUUUCCCGGGUGAGUCAGGUUUCAUUGUGCAAGCGCUCGACGCUUCCGAAGAUGUGUUGUGCACCGCAGCGCGUCUCAGCCCGAGUCGCUCCUUGGAAAUUCUUGUGGGCGGGUCUUCGCCGGCGGUCCAGCUUUUCCGCCUCGAAGAGGGCAGCAGCCGCCUGCGUUUGCUCUGGCGCUGGCGGCCAAAAUUCCUCUUUUCCUCUUCGGAAUCCGCACGGACUGGUCGCGACAAAUUCUCUCACACGUCGACAAGUGCAUGCUUCUCGCUGGCGUGGACUCACGCCUCCUGUCUCCCGUCUUUCUCGGUUGCACGCACUUCCUACUCGCUGGAUUCGGCCGGGGGUCCGGCGCCUCCCGUGCCUCUGUCUCCUGACUCGGCUGCCAGCAACACGGCGCUGGUAGGUCUGAGGAAUGGAGGCGUCUACCUGAUUGACGUUCGCGCACCCGAGACGCAGUCCUCUCUCUGUCUGUUGUCUCCUUGCACUCCCAAGAGGGUAGCCUUCUGUUCGGCGCGUUUGGGGGAAGCGGAGAGCGAAACCCAGGGCGCGGGUUCAGGCAGCUCCGCAGGGAAGCGACUCUCCCCCACCAUCGAAGGAGAAACGGGGGGCUGCGUAACAUGCAUCCGCCCGUUCCGCUGUCAAGGCUCGUGGGGUGCCGGCACUGCGGCAGUUGUCGCUAGAGGAAAAGACGAUUUGCUGCUUCUCGAUGCGAGAAACGCGCACUCGCCAGGCAGGGGCGAAGACGCAGGCACAGACAACACCCUCAGCGCCACGCCAGUGGAUACAGACGGUCGCCCGCGAAAGUCAGGCCUCGUCACUCGCUAUCUGCCGUGCGAGAGUUUUGAGCCGCCUCGCGAAGCCCCGCUGUCUCCUUCUCUCGCAGGCUGUACAACCACUGCCUCGUCUCCUGAUCGGCCGCGAACGUUCGUCUUUGACCGUCGGGAGCGAAUCCUUUUCUCUUCGUCGCCUUCUCGCGGCCUUCUCUUGUUUCACUGGGCACAGGCUUCGUCGAGCCUCGCAGCGCGCGCAGUCAAUGUGUAUGGAGGUUUGCUGCGCCGGCUGUUUGGCUUCUCCCUCGAUUCGACGGUGGGCGAGGAAGAGAAAAGCGACCGUAACGAGGAAUUCGGGGACGCGUCCUGUCGCGCGGGAGGGAAAGACGAGCGCGAUCGACUGGAACGGCUCGAACGUGAGAUUCCAUUUGAACUCUAUGGAACCUGUGCAACAGCGCCACGCCUAGAGCAGUCGUCCUCUUCCUGGCUCGAGGACCAGCGAGGAAGUGAAAAUACCUGCAAUCCCUGGCUGGCCUGUCACGACGAAGCACGAGCUCACAACAGACCUGAUUCCUCUCGCUGCACUUCCCCCAUCCAGCGGUCGUCUUUCUCCGCUUCACUUCCAAUCCCUUCGUCUGCGCAUCUCUUUUCUUCCUGUCCUUCCUUCUCUGGCACCCGUUCAGGAGGCCGCCCAUAUGCGGAAAGCGAGGUGCCGGGGACGGAUCGAGGGCGUUGCCUCAGCAGCGACGAGAGGGCUGCAGGACCAAAGGAUACAAUUGAGGGCGAUCGUCGGUUGGCUUCGCGUUUGCAGAUGAAGCUUGCUGAUCUUGCACUACUUCCAGAGGGCUUUUUUGUGACUCAUUGCACGAGUGAGGGCCCGCAAAGGACACGGGAAGGCACUGCGUAUUCUGACAUCGUAGUUCGCUGGCCUGGCCCCGCAGGUUCUUCCUUUUCUUCGUCUCUUUGUUCUUCUCCGUUUUCUUCACCUGCGUUUGAUCCGCAUGCUUCCAGUCCACCCGGCGGUGGAGAUCCUUGGGGAGUUGGUGCCCUUACCGAGGGUCUACUUCUUCAUGGGGAGAGCGAGGGAAGCCAUCUGGGGGAUGUCGGAGAAAGCUGCAGGCGGCCCGCGCGAGCGGGCGGGGAUGUAUUCGUCGCGCUGAGUAGUUGGGGCUUUCACCUGCUUAGCAGCAUCGACAGACAUCUACAAUCAUGA